UUGUUGAAUUACAUUGCUUUUCGUUCUUUCUUUUAUAAUUUUAACCAAUUUUAGAUUUUCUGUUAGUUUUGUGAAAAAUUGUGUGAAUAACAAUAAAAAAAAUACGCAAGAUUCGAUUUGGUGUAUUGGCAUUUUAAUGCUAUAAAACAAAAUGUCGAAAAGUAAAACGAAUUCGAUGGCGACCGGAGAAACAAAUCUAAUUGAAGUGAAAUCAAAGUUUGAUGCAGAAUUUCGUCGCUGGAGCUUUAAACGUCAUGGCGAAAUACAAAAUUUCGAGGAUUUCUCUGCCCUCAUUGAAAAACUGCAUAGACUGCACACCCUACAAUUUAUUAUUUUAUACAUUGAUCCACGUGACAACGACCUGUUGCCAAUAAAUAAUGAUGAUAACUUUGGUAGAGCGUUAAAAAUUGCACGGCCAUUGCUGCGCAUAAUCGUGCAACGUAAAGAUGAUUUGGAGGAGUUUCCGGGUUUUGGCACAAUGAAGCCACGUAACAAUCUAAUCAGCAGCAUACUAGGUCAGACGCCAGUUAAGGCAAAGGCACCAACUAUUUCAAUACCACAUGAUUUCCGUCAAGUAUCGGCUAUUAUUGAUGUCGAUAUUGUUCCUGAGACGCAUCGUCGUGUACGAUUGUUAAAGCAUGGUAGCGAUAAACCGCUGGGUUUCUAUAUAAGAGAUGGAACGUCGGUACGCGUAACCGCAAACGGACUAGAAAAACAACCUGGUAUUUUCAUAUCGCGGCUUGUGCCUGGUGGCCUUGCUGAAAGUACUGGACUUUUAGCAGUCAAUGAUGAGGUUAUAGAAGUAAAUGGUAUUGAAGUGGCUGGUAAAACGCUGGAUCAGGUCACCGAUAUGAUGGUGGCAAAUAGUUCCAAUUUAAUAAUUACCGUAAAGCCGGCAAACCAACGUACGCUUACCUCGCCACGGCGCGGCUCAUUCUCGCGCACAAGUCAACUAUCGAGUGGUUCACAUCAUACUAAUCAGACUAAUACCUCUGAUGAGAAUGAACAAGACGAGCAAGAUGAAAUUGUUGAUCUGACUGGUGUAACACUCGAUGAUCACAAUAAUGUUACUUCACAGCAACAUCAGCAACAGUCAACGGUGCCUUCACCGGCAUUGAUUAUCACGUCACAACAUCACCAGACGUCAUCAACAGCUUCUACAGUUGUAGGCGGUGGCGAGUCCAAAGAUGGCAUACUACAUCUUUGAAUGGAAUAAGAGAAAUGGGAAAUCUAUAUUGAGAAUGUAAUGAAAAGAUCGAGAUAUUUAGACGAGGGCAAAUGUAACUUUCGAAAAUCGAACAAAGUAGAAGUGCGAAGUAUAUAUAUAUAUACAAUAUACAUAUAUAUAUAUACAAUUUGAAAAAGUUUUCAAGUCUACAAAAAUCUAAGCAAUCUUAGGCAUAAAAGAGAAAAGACAUAUACACACAAAUUUUCAUGUUUCAUGUUUUAUUUUUUGUUUCUACAUUCCAAACUAGUACUAUUUAAUUAUAAAUGAAUGUGUAAAGUGAAAAGUUAUUUAUGCGAUUGAACAGAUUGUUACGAGUUAAUUUUCAAAAACUAUGCCCGUUGUCGCGUUUUAACUACACAAACUGUAUUAUUAGGCACAUAUACACAUAGUUACAUACAUACAUAUCUGCAUAGAUGCCAGAAAAACGUGUGUUGUUAAUAUUUUUAAUCAUGUUUUAUUGUAGUUGUCUUCUUACUCUAUUAUACACAUACAUUUAAAUUUAGUGUUAAAUUGUCAGUUUGUUUUCAUUGUGCUAUUUCAUACAAUUCUUUGAAUUUAAAUAUACAUACAUAUGUAUUAUCUGACAGUGUACGUUAUGAAGCUCCUUAAAACUUCACAUUCCGAAAAGAACUUUGUGAUUUUAUGUAAUUCGUGUCAAAAUUUUCCUUGUAUUGUAAUAUGAUGCCUUUUUGGAAUGCAACAUGUU